AUGCAGGGCAAGUCUCGAGCAUGGAACUGGCUGAUCCAGAACGUCCCAGCGACUGAGUCCGAAUGGCGGGCGAGGCAGUGCCGACUGGGGCUGAACACGGCAACGCAGUACGAAGAGACGAUUCGUGGCCUGGUCGAUGAGGAUGAUUCAUUGCAGCCAAAUCCAACUCGUGCCAUCGAAACAUCGCCAUUGGAGUCUCUCAUUACGUUGACAAGAACGUUCUCUCAGUCCACCCAGAGAUCCUCUGCCAGUGCAGCUCUCCAUCGGGCAACAGCGGCCUUCAAACGACUUAUCUUGCUCUCCCUCUGCCUGAUCUUGCGCCAUCAAGGCCUCUCCGAAGAAUCUAUCGAUCAUAUCAUCACCUGGCUCAGCCCAGUACAGCGAGUACGCGAAAACUGUCUCAAAGGCAUUGCUUGGGUGUAUGACGCUAUCCGUACGUUGCACGUCGAGCAUGGUUGGACAGAGCCACAAGCAACAGAGUUGUUCUUCUUGAUCCCUCUCUCUGUAAGCAGACUCGGCGAGAUUCAUCCUAUCGAUGUAACCGCUUUCGCCCGAUAUGUGCCAGAAUGGCCAGGUUGGACGUCGCUGAAGCCAAAUUUCACGUUGCCUUCGCUGGUAUGGAGACUGUGCAGAAGGUCCCGCGAUACGAAUCCAAUAACCUCAUGUAAAGACGUUUGUCGUAUUCUGGGCAAUCACAACGACGCCGAGCUGACCGACGACGUCCCCUUCAGAGUCACUGCUCCGUCACAGACAUUGAAAGUGGAACUUUUCCAACCCGAAGCUAGAGAUCUCAUGCCCCAGCUACAAGCCUGGUUUGAGCACUUGAGAAAUGCUCAUGGCUCGACUGUUCCUUUGAACAUCCGAGAACAGCUGAUUGAGAUUUCUGUUGGAGUGUCGAGGAUCCAAAGCCCGAUUGAUCCCCCCCUUUUCGCUUCAGUACUCGACCUGCUGUAUCUUGACGACAUCUCACGACAUCUCCAUUUCGACCUCGUCAGGGCACAGAGUACCUUUUUGAGGUCGCUAGGCGCCGAAGGUGCUGUCAAGUCGAACCAGAUGAUCAAGUCCACACUGUGGCAAUCAGAGCAGGCCCUGAAGCUACCCGACCGACGGAUUCGAUGUUCGAUAUACGGCCUCUGGUUUUCGCUCAUCGAGAAUGCGGUGCUGCUACAAGAUUUCGAAACAGCCUUGUCAACGAUUAAUCACCUUGAACUACCGGAACAUCGAGACACUUGGCCCGAGCUCGACUUCCAAAUCGCACGUCAGACACUAACAUUGAGAGGGCUUGUUUUCAGAGGUCUAGGAAGAUUCCAAGAGGCUGCUGAAGUGCUAGAUGCCUGCAGCAAGAUCUGCGAGAGUCACGGUAAUAGAGGCACACAUCCACAUCAUCUCAACCGCCAUCGGGCAGAGUUGCUGUGUGAGCUUGGACGACCGGAAGAGGCGUUGGAUAUACUGCGAAAGUCUCUUGCAGAUAUUCGUGGGAACGGUGUCUUGAAUGAUUCGCGAGCUCACCGCCGGCUCUGCCUUGCCAAUGCAGAAGCUGCAGCACUAGCAAUGCGACCAGGUGACGCCGAAGUCUCUCUCGAGAAUGUUGAGACCUGUUUCCGGAAAAAGCCCCCCGAGAUGCCAGUGGACCAGCUGGAUCAUGUACGAGUCUAUUUGGUUCGCAUGCGCCUAGCUCGACAUGCGAAAGAUCUUGCCAUGGCUCUUGUGUAUGUCACAAAAGCCGUCGAUCUCCUUCAACAGUAUCGCUUUGUCAAGGGGCGGGAGUACUUCACAACCCUAGCUCUCAAGUUCCGGGCGUCGAUAUAUCUAGAGCUUGCAAAAGCCGAUGAGGGAAGACUUGAAGUUAGUGCUGACCGGACCUCGCAACAUCUUGUCGUGGGCAUGGGUUCAUAUGGGCGGGACGAAAUUCUAAAAUGGUUUGACGAUGCCAAAUCAGGUCAGUCACCGAACAAUCACGUUUCAUACAAACUCGUUACUGACUUGGGAAACGCCGUCAGGUUGAAGUCUAUUUCCACUUGCAGAUAG